CAAAGCAAAAAGCUGGUACGAUCAUUUUCUUAAAAUUAUUAAUUAAAAUAACAUACAAUUAGCUUUAAAAAUGCUUCUCAAGAAACUGUUUACUAUAGUUUUCGUACGUACCGAUACCCAAGUACUAUUAGGCUUGAAGAAACGUGGUUUCGGCGUAAACAAGUGGAACGGUUUUGGCGGUAAAGUCGAGCCCAAUGAAACAAUAGUAGAAGCAGCUGUGCGAGAGUUGAAAGAAGAAUGUUGUCUUAGCGUUAAAAAGAGCGAUAUGAAAAAUAUUGGCCACCUAGAAUUCACGUUUGAAGGUGAAUCGACAAUGAUGGAUGUGAGAGUAUUUAGUACUACGGUUUACGAAGGGACGCCUACUGAAACGGAAGAAAUGCUCCCUAAAUGGUACAAUAAUGAUGAAAUCCCAUAUAAGGAUAUGUGGCUUGAUGAUGAGAUAUGGUACCCAUACAUGUUAAAGGGUAAGCUUUUCUAUGGAAGGUUUCAUUAUCAGGGACAUGAAAAAAUUAUAAGUUACAAUGUUGAAGAAUUGAAGUCUAUGGAGGAAUUUUAUGCUGACAGGAAAUAAGUUUCAAGCUGGAAUCUUUAGUGGCAGUGUUGAUUAAUGGGUUGCCGAU